AUGUUCACCAAAAGUGUCGUAGGCAUUACAAGCAUAGCGGCUGCUAUCAGCAUCUUCACGGCUAUCCUAUUCAUCGGCUAUCUAUUCAAAGAGAUGAAUGAAUUCCACGAUUCCGUCUUGAUGGAGCUGAGCGACUUCCAGAUGUAUGCCAAUACCGCGUGGGACAAAAUGAUCGAUUUGACGAAAGAGCAUGCCCACAGAGAUGUACGUAGUGUAUUCCGUCGCCAUCAUAAGAAGUCGCGUCGAUCUCGCCACAAGAAGCACAACAGCAGUGGUGGAACGUGCAGUUGUGCAACAGGACCAAACAAUUGUCCGCCGGGACCGCCAGGACCACCUGGCCAACCAGGUACAGCUGGAGAAGAUGGAACAGCAGGAGAACCAGGAGUACCAGGAAAGAGUGGAAUGGCCGUAUCGGAAUGUGUGAAAUGCCCUGCUGGUCCAGCAGGACCACCAGGAUCACCUGGCGCAAUAGGUCCUCCAGGGCCCGACGGGCAAGCAGGACCUCUGGGUCCAGGAGGCGACGCAGGACAGCCAGGAGCUCCAGGACCAAGUGGGGACAAGGGAGCUGAUGGACCUCCAGGAUCGCCUGGACAGCCUGGACCUCCUGGACAGAACGGAAAGCGUGGACAUGGGAAGCCUGGCCCUCCUGGACCACUAGGACCACCUGGAGGAAUAGGACAACCUGGUCAAGCAGGACCGCCUGGAGGCCCCGGUCAACCAGGACAACAAGGACCAAUGGGACCUCCAGGAAAUCAAGGUGGUCCUGGAGAGCAUGGAAAACCUGGUCCUCAUGGAAGUUCAGGAUUACCGGGAAAAGAUGCCGCAUAUUGCCCAUGCCCACCUCGUGCUUCAUAUGGCACACCUGCGGUUCAAGAGACGCCUGUUGAUCAGUAUGGCGGAAGCAGUUCGGUAGAAUCUAGCACCACAGCGGCAGAACCAGCCUAUGCUCCAUCUCAACCUGGAAUCGUUUCAUCGGAAGAAUACGAGUCAGAUGGAUCUACAUCGUAUGAAUCAUCCCAAUCUGAGAGCCCAUCAGAAACAGGUUUGCCAUCUUCUCCAGGAACUGCUGCAGUACAGAGCAAUAGCGCUUCCGAAGAAUCCAGCAAGUAUCCUCCAGAGCUGCCGAUAACUUUAAUCAAGAGCGAGCCUAUAGUAAUCGAUGAAUCCGCUCCACCAACAUCGGCGGACGAUUCAUCGCAACUUCCUGAUGUUGCUACUGAUGAUGGCAGCACCUCUGGAGGACCUAACAGUCCUGCGGCCGUGCCUCAACUUCAAAGCAUGCCUAUGGAAGGAAAUGUACCAUCGGGAUAUAGCAGCUCAGGACUACCGCAGCAGAACGGACCAGCACCUUCAACUGGAAGCCAAACUGGUUCUGCAGAGGGAUACGGAAGGCGCCGUAAGCUAGCAAAACGAGUCCGAAGAGUCAAGAAAAUUCGCAGGACAAGAGUGAAGGCUGCUUAA